ACACCAAAAUCUCUAACUCACACUCCUAAAUAAAAUCCAGUUGUGACAAUCCCCUCAAGCGAACUAAAACAUGUAUAAUAAAGUUGUUGAUAAUGCCCAUGUGGCUAAAUAAAACCCAGUACAUCUAAACUAUUUUCAUCUCGCCCUACUUUCUUCUUUUACAUAAAAAAAUCAAAAAAUGGCAUCAACUCGCCGGGAAAAACGAGUUGUACCCACCAAAAAUACCUUAACAAAAUCACCACUAAUGUGGAUAAAAAAAGGUGUAUCAUCACUGAACUUACCUUACCUGCUGUCAUACCUGACAGACCCCCGAAAAAUCGCUUUCGUCGCGGUGAUCUUCGUGAUCUUAGAAAUAGUGCUGAACAUAGUGGUGAUCCACCAUGUGCCAUACACGGAGAUCGACUGGCGCGCUUACAUGCAGGAAGUGGAGGGUUUCCUGAACGGAACCUGGGACUACUCCAAAUUAAAAGGAGACACCGGACCACUGGUCUACCCAGCAGGAUUUGUCUACGCUUAUUCCUUGCUCUACUACAUAACUUCCCACGGCGAGGACAUCAGACUAGCUCAGUACAUCUUCGCGCUGCUCUACGUGGUGCUGCUGAUCCAAGUGCUCAGGAUUUACGCCAAGACCAAGAAAGUUCCUCCGUACGUGCUGAUCUUAAUCUUCUGCACUUCAUACCGCGUGCACUCAAUUUUUGUCCUCAGACUCUUCAACGAUUCACUAGCCAUGAUAUUUUUAUUCGCCAGUCUGAACGCUUUCCUGGACGAACGCUGGUACUUGGGAAGUAUUAACUUUAGUCUAGCUGUCUCAAUAAAAAUGAACAUACUAUUGUUUGCUCCUGCAUUAUUUAUCGCUUAUUUGUGUAAUUUAGGAGUAAUUAAGACAAUUAUUCACUUAACAAUUUGUGCCAGCAUCCAGCUGAUCCUCGGACUGCCUUUUUUGGUGACCAAUCCUUACGCUUAUAUCGUAGGCGCUUUUAAUUUUGGAAGAGUCUUCGAGUACAAGUGGACGGUCAACUGGCGAAUCAUCCCCGAAGAAAUUUUCCUCAAGUCUUCCUUCCAUUUGGCGCUCUUGGGACUUCACCUAGCAGCUAUUGUCUACUUCAUUCCCACCUGGAUGACUUACAUGAAGUGCUAUGCUAAAUUAAAGGCCGUCGGACGGGAACUCAAGCCUCAGAUGAAGAGCAAUAAUGCUGAGGUCAAUAUGUCCUCGGUUAGCCAGCUGUUUGUUUCGCCGCUUUUCAUUGCUAACUUCUUGGGCAUCGUCUUCAGUCGGUCGCUUCACUAUCAGUUUUAUUUGUGGUAUUAUCACACGCUGCCGUAUAUUGCUUGGUCGACUCACUAUAUGCCGGUUACCAGGAUCGUUAUUUUGGGACUCAUUGAACUCUGUUGGAAUGUUUAUCCUAGCACUGUUUGGAGCUCAGCGACGUUACAUGGGUGUCAUUUAAUGUUGCUUUAUGGUUUGUAUAGGAAUAAAGUUAAGAAUACUAAAUUUGAUUAAGUAAUAUUGGCAAAGUUGCAGUCACUACGUGACUGCAGAUUUGUGGGAUGAUAAAAAUUAAAUUUUGGUUUAUUAAAUUGUGACUUUUGU